CCAUGGUUUGGGGUGUGCCAAUGAAUGAAAUAUUUCCAUUGAAGGGCGUUUGAGGGGAACAAAAGGCUGGAAUCUUUGCAUGCAUCUUUAGAGGUGCUGCAAGCGCAAAAGCGACAGUUAGCACAAGUAUGAAGACUGUAUGGGAGAAGGUGCUGAAAUUGGGUAGGGACGAUCCUAGAAGGAUCUGUCAUGCCUUCAAGGUGGGACUCGCACUCACCAUUGUCACGAUCUUCUAUUUCAUGAGGCCUCUCUAUGAAGGCAUGGGAGGAAAUGCCAUGUGGGCUGUCAUAACAGUAGCUGUCGUUUUUGAAUAUACUGUUGGUGGAACCUUGAGCAAAGGUCUCAACAGAGCAUUUGGAACUCUGGUUGCUGGAUCACUGGGUCUUGGCGUCCAUUACAUAGCCAGCCUUGCUGGGGACAAAGGCGAACCCAUAAUCCUUGGUGCCUCCAUCUUCCUACUUGCUUCAGCGUCUACAUUUUCAAGAUUCUUUCCAGGGAUUAAAGCUAAAUAUGACUAUGGAGUCUUGAUCUUCAUGCUGACAUUCAGCCUGGUCUCAGUGUCUAGCUACCGAGAGGAGAAACUAUUCAAGUUGGCACAAGAACGUGUCUCCACUGUAGCGGUUGGUGGCUCUCUGUGCCUGAUUGUAUCUAUAGUGAUAUGUCCUGUGUGGGCAGGAGGAGAUCUGCACAACUCAAUUGUCAAGAACUUGCAGACGCUUGCUGAUUCAAUGGAAGGUUGUGUCGAGGAGUACUUUAAUGAAGAGGAAGAAGGGGACGAACUCAAAACUAAAGAUACCCCUGGUCUUCAAGGAUACAGAACGGUGCUUGAUUCGAAGGCCAAAGAGGAAUUGCUGGCAAACCUUGCUAGAUGGGAACCUGCACAUGGGCGGUUUAGGUUUCUUCAUCCAUGGAAGCAAUACCUGAAGGUCGGGACAGCCACUCGGGCUUGUGCUUACUGUGUUGAAGCACUCAAUGCAGCAACCAACUCAGAAUAUAAAGCACCCAAAGCUCUUCGUCAACAACUAAAGGAGCCAUGCUUAAAGGUAAGCUCAUUGUCAUCAAUGGUCUUGAGGCAGCUCUCAAUGGACAUAGACAGCAUGAACAGACCGUCCUCCAUUGAGCCCCUGAUCGACUCUGCCAAUGAUGCCGUCAUGGAACUGUAUACGGCCCUCAAGUCGCUACCUCAAGCUCAUCCCAAUUUUCGUACUGCACAUGGAGACACUGUUACAGGCCCAGCUCUAAUGGACCUACUCCCUCUUGCAAAUGUGGCAUCUAUACUCAUAGAGGUUUUGGGCCGAAUCGACGCUAUCGUCUCGAGUGUCGAAGAAUUGUCAGUUCGUGCCACCUUCGAGAACCAUAUGCCAGCCAAUGCCACAGCAAAAUCUGAACACCUGGCUAAUGUUAAUUCAGAUUAUGGUAGUCAAGGUCCCCAUGUUGUGGUAGAAAUUAAAGGGUCAUAGUUACCUGUCAAACUCAUGAAAGAGAGGUACGA